CUCAUGUCCAACGGGAAAAUACAAGGAUGAGGAAUUGUAUUCAACCGGUGGAAAUGCUGGCAAUAACUUUAAGGUACUUGGCCAGUGGAUGCAUAUUUGCCGAUCUCCAUUAUUCAUACAGAAUUGGACGAUCUACAGCAAGAUUGAUUGUUAAAGAGGUCUGUCAAGCUCCGUGGCUAGUUUUGCAAAGUGAGUUCAUACCACCACCCACUAAAGAAACCUGGGAGAAAUCAGCAAAGGGAUUUGAAUCAGUAGCAAAUUUCCCUGAUUGUGUGGGUGCGAUAGAUGGAAAGCACAUCCGUCUCGGAUGUCCAGCGGAAAGUGGCUCAAUGUUCUUCAAUUAUAAAGAAUAUUAUUCAAUCGUGUUAAUGGCUAUCGCAGACAGUUCGUACCGAUUUACUUACGUGAACAUUGGAAGUUAUGGAAAAGACUGUGACUCGUCUAUUUUCAAGGAUACUAAGCUGUGGAAAUCAAUUCUAAGUGGUUCACAUAAUCUACCGGAAGAAAUGUGCCUUCCAGGAACAGAAAGCCCGAAAGUACCUUAUUUCUUUGUUGCUGGCGCAGCAUUCGGCUUACAUAAACAUUUGUUGAGACCAUACGCUGGCACCCACUUGACUGUUGAAACGAAGGUGUUUAACUACAGACUAGGUAGAGCAAGAAGAUACGUAGAAUGCGGCUUCGGAAUAUUCAGUAAUAAAUGGCGAAUUUUCCACCGUCCCUUGAAUGUACAAAAAUCUGCAAUCGAAGCUGCACAUAGCUCCUUCAUCUUCUGGCCUCCCAAAAUACUGAACUGCAACGUCGCAGGUCGCAUUAGCGCCUAA